AUUGUAUUUACAGUAAUAUUUUUGUUCUUGUUAGACUACACAACACCGUUAUAAUUGUAAAAUUAUACUGAAUAUAUUGUGGUUAAAACUCUAAUUUUUAAUUGCAGGGAAGCCAUCAAAGAAUAUUACUAUUACUGUGGAGAAGAGACUUGUGAAGCAAUCAAAAAGCAUAAAUCAGAUGGAUGUUGAUCAGGCCAUGGAAAUCCACUUCCCAGUGGAAACAAUCGUGGAAAUUCUCAUCAGGUUACCUGCUCAGUCUCUUCUCCGAUUCAAAUGUGCUUCAAAAUCUUGGAAGGCAUUGAUCUUGGAUCCAUACUUUACAAUCAUGCGAAGAAUAACAGGAAGUUUCUUAUCGCUCGAAUGAACCCUGAGGCUCGUACGAUUUCAUAUUAUUGUUCUUCUUUAUCAUCGGCUGAACCAUUACACAAGCUUGGUGGCCCUUUGAAUCAUGAUCUGGGCAAUUACGUGCUUGCGACGGAUUGUCUCUUCUUUGGUGCCCUUCCAUCCACAAAUGAAGCAGUACAACUUCCUAAUUAUGAAUUUCCAAUCGUAACUAGUUGCAGUUUUGGGUUGGGAUAUGACUUGAUUAGUGAUGACUAUAAGAUAUUUGCGACUGUAAUCGGCACUUAUGGUCACAGACGACCCAAUAAAAUCCUUUCAUUGAAGAGUGGUUCUUGGAGAGAAAUUGAUAACCAUACUCGUGGCUCUUGCAGUAGUGAUGGUUUGGCAUUUGUUCGUGGUGCAUUUCAUUGGAUCCUCAAGGAUGAUUUACUCAAGUAUUUUGUAAUUUCAUUUAAUAUAUCAAAUGAGGUGUACGGAGAGAUAUCAUUGCCCGAGGAAAUUUGCAAUAUUUGCAUUGGUGGCUACGUAAUAAGUAGCGUUUCAAUAUUACAAGGAAUGCUUUGUGCUUAUUGUACUUGCCGAGAUACGGAGGCGGACACUUUUAAAUUAUGGAUAAUGAAAGACUAUGGUGUCAAGGAAUCUUGGACUAAACUAUUUACUAUGCGAGAGGCCCAUCUACUUUUUGCCGCACCGAGAUACAUGUUUGUGGAUGGUGAAGUGCUACUCUACUACCAAGAGGCUGGAUGUCGUCGUUGCUUUAGGACAUCCAAAGGACCAUAUGAAUCGUUGGAUUCACAUCGGGGUUUACUACAUGGAUUCGUUUAUAUAGAAAGUUUGAUUUCUCCAAAGUUACUUAUCAAGUAUUCGCUUAUGUUUGAUCAGGUCACACAGUUUUUAUUAUUUUUGUGAA